AUGAAACCCAGCCAGCAAUGGAGUUGGCAGGUAUGGAAGCUAUACAAACGUGGAGCGCUGAGACAACAAUUCGACAUCGAUGAAGCAGCGCUUGCGAACUUCGCCCAAGACUUCGAGCAUACUGUGACCAAGCGACUCGCAAACGGUCGAAGUAAACUGAGGUCAAACCUCUCCGUCCAAGAACUCUUGAAAGCGGUAGAAUACAACACGCAGACCAACCCGAAGGCCAGACAAUAUAAAUCCCAGAUCGAAGAAGCCGAGGCCCGUCUCAACAUCACUUUGCCCUCCGACUACAAAGCUUUCCUCCGCUUCAGCAACGGCUUUGGUUCCGCAUGGGGUCACCCACUAGGCGACUUCCAAACACCCCCCACUCUCGACAAACUACGCUGGCUCGACCCCACUGAAGAAGACUACUUCACUGAUCUCUCGCUCGACCUACCAACCCGAUGGGAUAAAUGGCCAUUCGCCCCACCUCCAACAGCCAAGGCCUAUGCCUGCGACGACGUUUCGGAGCAUUUUCUCAUUGGUCGUGCCUUGGAGAUUGGUACACAGGAGAUUGAUAAUACGUGGCUCCUCCCGCCUUCCACCAUCAUGCCGAUAAAGCAGGCUGUGAAGAAGAUGCUGGACGACGGGAGCUUAGGUGAACGCGAAAGAAUAGUGUGA